UCGCUCCUCCCUCCGCGCCCCGCGGCCCAGGUGCGGCGGCUGCGGCAGGUCCCGGGCCGGGGGCUGGAGCCGAAGCGGCGGCGCGGAAAGGGUUACGGCCGCCGCCCCGGCGGGGAAGGAUGAUGUAACCCCCCCGCCCGCCUCCCCUCCCCUCCCCUCCCCUCCCCGCCGCCGCCUCGUCCCUCCCCGCCGCCCGCACAGAUCCGCGCCGCGCCGGGCCAGCCGCAUGCCUGCCGCCGCGCGGGGCCCGGCCGGGCCGGCCGCCGACAUGUGCCCGUGCGCCCUGCGCCGCGCGCCCCCGCCCGCCCUGCCGCCCUGCGCCCCCGCCCCCGCCCGGCCCGCCGAGCCGGCCCCCGGGCCGCAGCGCGUGGCCGCCCGCCUCAAGCGCCUGGGCGACGAGCUGCACGAGCGCACGGCGCGGCGCGGGGCGCGGCGCGGGAAGGCGCCGGCCGCCGGCGGCCUCGCCACCUGCCUCUGCCUGCUCUGCGCCCUGGCGCAGGCGGCCGCGCUGGCCUGGCUGGUCCGCAGGAGGAGCCCCUAGGCGCCGCGGCUCGGGCGGGAGCGGAGACGGAGCGGGACGGGCCACAGGCUGGAGAAAAUCCUGCGCCCUUGGAGAAAAUUGUUUCCCAUAUUCCUACAGGGAAUCCAGAGCUUGAGCAGCAGCUGUGAAGACUGGAGAUGAAGAAAGAAGUGGAACAUGAUGAAAGAGCCUUGAGCAACGUGAAGAAAGAUUUGCACUAAGGGAGCUGUUCAAGGGCCCAGCAGCAAACCAGACACACACACAUGCUUAUAUAUAGAAGAAUGUAAAGCUUCCUGUAUGCGUAUGUCAAUACGUGCAUGCCUUGUUGAGAACAUAAGCAACAUUCCUUUUAGAUGACUGAGGUCUGAGCGCUUGUGCUCCUUCAAUUUAAGUCAAAAGAUUAGUGAUGUCUUUACUGUAAGGCUAAGAUUUUCCACACCAGACAAUAUCUACUGUAUGGGAUACAACUGUCCCUUUUAAUGCAGCAGGGUGAAAAAUCUCUUAUACACCCAGGGUUAGAGGAUACCUGGAGAUGGUGAACAUGCUGCAAAAGUGCAUUGCUAGUCUUGGGAGGUGGGGGAAGGGAGUGGGAGGGGGGGAAACUUGUGUUUAGUAGUUCUGACAAGAGAGAGUUUGUGUGUAUAAGUAUCUAUUAAGCCAGGCAAGCUUUUCUUAACGAGUUUAGGAUCUCUGGUGCUACAUGUAAAAUUUGUCUGGGGCUACAGUGCCUCUUUGCGGUGCUACGGUUUGACCAUAAUAAUGUUCUAGAACCCAAGACUAGGAAAAAUAUAUUUUGGUUAUUAACAUUACACAAACAAAAAUAUGUUGUGAAGGUCCUAUUUUCCUUUCCUUCUACUUGUAAAUACAUUAAGAAUAACCCUGAGCUUUACAUAACACACUUGGCCAGUUUAUCUCUUAAUUUGGUGGCAGAGAGCAUGGAAAGUACCAUGUUAUUAGGUAGCAUUUAUAUGGAAUCAGAGAUUCCUUUCAUUCAUUUAUUCAGAAAAAAGGCUGAUGAGAUCAGCUGCAUGGAUCCGAGGUAGCACUUGUAGGACUUCUGUGCCUAAGAAUACAUCUACACUGCAAAGGUCCAGUUGUAGCACAUGUAGGCAAUAACACUACAGUCAUCAAUAACAGUGAAGGUGACCUAGGCUUCACCAUAAGCUAGCUGCUUAAGUAAGUUCCAGGGUCCCUGAAAGAUGUGUACAGUUUACACCAAAGCCAUCAUCACUGCAGUUUCACUGCUAUCAUUACCUACACUAUCUAGAUUAAAUCUUAAUUGAGCAUGCCUACAUGGAUUGCAAUCACACUUCCAACAGCAGUGCAGACGUACCCUAAGCCCUAGGCUGCUCUUUGAAGCCAUAAAGGUUAAAAGAGCUAUGAAAUACUUUCUAGUAAUUCUCAGGGCUUCCUGGAUCAAUUACAGCCACCCCCCUAACACCACAUUCAUAGAUGUUCUGUUGCAACCCACUGCGUUUGGAAAUUGCAUAAAACAAGUUAUAAAAAUUGGCUCUGGGGUGGAAUUUUAGCAGCUGAGUCUUACCCAGUUUGCAAUCAUUCUUACGAAAUGCUUUUAAAAGACUGGGUGCGACAGCCACAAUCGGCAAACACAUCCUGUUUCAUAGCUGUCACAAUGGAUGAAAAAUACAGAGAAGCAGCAAAUUUACAAAACAUGGUAGAAAAUAAACUCAUUAGUGUUUUGAAUAGGGACACAGAAUAGCAUAAAUAAGACUAGCUCCAUGCAAAAAAUAUGCAUGGGAAGUGAUUCAAAUUGACAAAUGACUGCUCGCCAGAACAGAGACAUUAAAGAAAUAUUGAAGACUGAACACAAAGAGCCAAAGGAACAAAUGUUAUUGGGGAUCUUUGUAGGGCUGUGCAACUAAUUUUUCAGUCCUCCUAUCACAAAGAAAAAUGGGAAAACAAAAUCCAGUUCAGAUUGAGUUUUCCCGCACCCCCACAUUGACAUGAAAAACCAAAAAAGAAAACAUUUUAAGUCAAAUGAAAUGUUUCCAAUACCUUAGAGCAGGUAUUGAAACCCAGUAUCGCACCUCUUAGGCAAGUGCCCUAAGUUAUACAAUAAUUCUCUUUUGGGCUCGAUGAAGACUUAAAGCCUGAAAGUAUUUUCUCCAACUGAAACUACCUGAUAAAUUUGCAAAUAGUUUCAGAAUGACUAAAUCAUUUAAAAAAUAUUAUAGCUCUCAGUGUUUGUAUCAGUAAGCUGAUUAUGGAAAACUUUUCAAUGGCACCAAAGGAAUGUGAAGUGUUCAGUUUUCAACAUCUUCCAAUAGAAAUAGGGAUCCUAACUGCUCUUUCAAGCUUUGAAAAAUCUUCCUUUACUUGCAUCCAGUCAAGGCACAGAAAGGUUAUUAUGUGGUCUUUAUGACCAGUCAGGGCUGCUUGAAUUUUCAGAACUUGCAGAGAGGAGUUAGUUUCUGGGCCUUCUAUAAACUGACAUCUCCCUGCACUGCAUAUUCAUUGGUUCAUAGGUCCACACAUACAUAUUUGUGGCCACUGUUGGUUCCUCAUCAAUUCAUAAAAAGAAGAAAGGGCUAUACUUAAACAACAACUUGUUCACAGUGGAACAUUGUACAUAGCUUCAUGAUGAUGUGCACCUUGUGAAGAAAAAUACAUUUAAAGUCCAUCUCAUCUACUCAUGAGGCAUGAGCCAGCUGUGGCUACCAGCAGGUCCCAAGAACUACAGCAUACUGGUACAGCCUUCUCCCACCACAUUCCGGGUGUUGACAGGUACUUAGCACCCUAUGUUCCCCAUUGAUCUGAUCACUCUCAUGCUGAAAUAAAUGAGACUUCAGCUAUUGACUUCAAUGGGCAUUGUGAGAGCUCAGCAGUUUCCCAGAUUGGGCCUAGACUUUUAAAAGGAUACAUAUGUGAAAAAAAAACGAGAUUAAACUAGAUAGAUAGAUAGAUAGAUAGAUAGAUAGAUAGAUAGAUAGAUAGAUAGAUAGAUAGAUAGAUAGAUAGAUUUGGGCAUGAUAGUCAAGAGUUAAAGAGCAAAGAGUUUGACAGGAAGAUUGGAAAGUAUACCUGCACAGUACACAUGUACUGUAAAGGAUCUUCCAUAUUAAUAAAGAUAUAUUUUCCCUUCACCUGCCACCUAUACAGACAGGACUCAUGGCACAGUCUUCUUGCACAAAACAUAUGAGAUGGUUUAUGUUUAUUUGUACAGGACAGAGUACCCCCACAGAAUCCUGUCCUCUCCCCAAAGUAGUAGCUUCCUGGGUCUAAAUGUUUAACAACUUCCCAGAAGAAGGCGGCAUCAAUUGCUUUUGUUACAACAUGUGCACACAGUUUGCAUUAUUAUUUACUAACUGUAUCAUGACAAGGGCUAUUUCGGUUUGAGACCUUGUGUAGCUCCUUCUGUACCUCAUCAAUCACAUAUGCCAUGCUUUUGUGACACACUAAGGCAGAUUAAUGUUGAGAGGGCCAAGUUCUGCUUUGAAUGUUAUGCCCCUGAUUAGUUGGAGCUCCUUAAAUCAAGUUACCAAGACUCGCAUGCUCAGUAGUGACUAAGCACCCAAAGACCAACAGACAAAAGGUUUCCUACAGAAACCAGGAAGGAUUCCCUGGGAGACAGGCCUUUCUUCAGGUGUUCUCAAGAUUCUAUCAAGAAUACAAAGAACAAAGCCUUCACUUAUUCCCAUGAAGCCCCAACUAAAUCAGUGGUGCUUCAAAAAUUUAAACAAGAGCAGGGGUUUUUCUUUAACUAUGACUUGCCUGGUUUGUAUAGGUUUCCAUCAGGUAUUUUGUGUGGACUGAAUGUUAAGAUUUUGGACACCGAAUCUCUUAAUGGCUGGAUCAAAGCAAACAUUGCUAGAGAAGCCUUUUGCCAGAGCUUCCCAGCCAACAUUCGCUGUAUAUACAUCUAAUGAUUUAGUAGAGGGGAUGUAUUUGUCUAAGCCUUACAUUUUUCUGGUAUAAUUACUAUUGUUGAAUGCCUCCAUUUUUUGACAAGGAGUGUUUUUAUCCUCUUUUUAAACACCAGAUUAAACUCUGGCCAAGAGCUGUAUUUGGAAAUGCAGGCAUGUUGUAUACAUUCAAGCAUCGUUCUUGUUGCAUUACAAAGACUGUAUGAGCUGGUGGAGAUUUCUGUAUUUUCCUAAUGGGUAGGAAACCUGCACAGUCCCUCUCCACUUUCUGCAGCAACCAAAAGAAUUGAUUUUGAUUAGCUUCAUAGUCGCGCCCCUGUAAAGACUAGGGAGUGCUCUCUAAAUGAAAAAAAGACCUCAUCUUAGGUUUCAGCAGACAGUGGUUGUGCGAGCCAGCAAAGGAGGUUAUGAGAUCAUAGUCUGUAUGGAAUGCUGCAUAAUGUGACUGUGAGGAAAGUCUUUAUUAAUUUUUAAAGCAGCACUCCAAUGAGAUAGAUCCCAUAGCAUAUUGGAACUUCAAAUUUCAAGUUAAAAAUGCAAUAUAGCACAGAAUAAUUAUAUUCCCCUCUUAAAAAGUCACUAGGCCAAGUGAAUUUCUAGUGUGACUCCACUUUUUAAGUCAAUGGGGCUAGACUCAGGGUUGAAUUUAGUUAAGCAUUUCCAUUCUUGCUCUUUCUUAAAAAUGAUUUUUACCACUUAAAUAUGAUGGAGUAGUAGUACAUAUUUACUGGAGGUUGUUAGUGCAUACUCUGUCAGGUUUUUAUGGGCCUAAGAACAAUGUUACCAGUUGGAAUGUGCAAAUCAAAAAUUGAUGGGUUUGUAAUGAUGAGGUACAACUGAUCCACCAUGCUUAUUGCUCAGGGCUUGCCUACAUACAGAAAUGAUACCAAGUUAACUACAUUUCUGCUUAAUCAAUUUAUUUAAAUGGUGCAGUCCCCUUGCAUAGACACUCAGUUUAAUUUGGUUUGUUAGAAAAUUAAACUAAAUUAAGGCAAGCAACUCAAAAUCCAUUUAAGAAUUGCCAGAAAAGGCACUGCAUCAAUUUAACUAGAUUGAUUUUGAAACAGAUUUAGUUAAAUCAAUGCAGUUUGUCCAUGCAGACCAGGCUUGGGACUCAAAGCAUUUUCCAUAAUCUGCUGCAAUUGGAGAACAUGACCCAGUACUGUUCCAGCCAGCCUCCUCCUAACAUGAACACAGAAAAUACAGCAAGAUGCAAGUAGGUAUGUGCAUAAGGGAUGCAACAACAAAUCCUUCUCUCUUGACAGAUCUCUUACCUUGUCCAGAAAGGGCUGAUGGGGGAAUUGGAUAGCAUGUUGUACCACUGGGCCUUAUUUUUUAGGUUUCUUUAUAAACAGCUUUGAGAAAAAUUGUAACAAAAUAGUCAUUUACAAUAAAUCCAAUUUAAAUGUCACAACUAGAGACAGUUAAAAUCCAAGUCCUGGGUCCCAAUAUGGCAAACUUUGGAUCAUUUUAGAUAUAAAGCUAAACUUCACAGGUAGACCCAAUAUCUAAGUUUAGACUGAGCCCAAAUCCCACAACCCAAAUCCACACCCCCCAAAGCAAAUCUGACACUGGAUCAACACCAACACCAUAGCUCAAGUCUGCACAGAACUGCAAGUUGCUGCUUACCAUGUAUGUGGUUCACCUUGUUCAUCUCAUAGUGCAGAACCUUGAAGACAUUGGUAUGAUUAUGACCAUGUUCAUCAAAGUCAAAUCCUAUUUGAAAGUACAAAUAAUAGGUGACUUUACCUCCUUCAGUAUAGUAUCAGGUGCUCUGAAUGAAGGAGAGGAACCCUUAUGUGUUGUUUCUAUGCUCCCCCUCAACCCCCACACCCAUGUCCUGGAUUGAAUUUGCAGGCUCGCUCUCUCCAGACUCCUCUUUAUUCACAGCAGAGGGUGUGCACCUGCACUAAGACAAAUUCUCAUUGUAUUCAUAGCAUUUCCUUCUCUUGCUGGCUUGACUAAUAUUGCCUCUGUGCUUGCAAAGAUUUGCACCAGCACCUACCCUGAAGUAUUCCCAGCUUCAGGUCUUUUGAAAAACAGCAUCUUUCAACUAACAGCUGUGGGAAACAUAAUACAGUAGGACUUUAUUGGAACUGAGCAAAUACUCUACUGGAGUAUAUUUCCAUCAAUAUUCAUUCAACUGCAGAAGUGCAUUUUGAUUUAACCAUGCUUCUUCAGAGUUUACUUUGAAUGGGUAUUUAUGCACUUGAAUUUUACCAAUUUCUGCAUGACAAAGGCAACUUCUCAGAUCCCUGCUAGAAUAUUAGCAAAAGGCCUAUUUUAGACUGUAUAUUAGUCUGUCAAAAUCUCAGUUUAUACUGUAUUAUUAUUUAUAGAUGCCAUCAGAUUUUGCCAGGGGGAGGGGCAAAGCCACAUGAUUUAAAUGCACAUAAAUAUUCAUCAGCAUUUAUUAGCUGGAGAAAUUUCCAUCAUGCCCCAACAUAAAUAUAUUUGAGAAUUUCCCAGUCUGCGCCCAGAGUCCUUAUUAAUAGAAGAACAUGAUGAAAGUCAUUGAAUAUAUUACUCCUUUGCCCAUUAUGCAUUCAAUUCUGCUGUUUAUAUGAAAGCUCUUGCAGAGUCACUGUGCAAGUUUCCUCCCUCACCAAAGUGAAGGCAAAGCAUGUACUCAAUGCAUUUGCAAUGAGCUCGCUAUCUAUGACUUGUUUAUAGUUGGACAUGGCUUCUCUCUUUUGUAAAAGAAAUUUCAUAUGCUGGAGACUCUUUGUACAUAUUUAUAAUGACUUUAUUAAAAAAAAAGUUGUUCACUGGUUAAAA